CAGCCACAUCCGGCAAACAGUAGGAGGGGAGCAUAGAGUCAGUCAGAGACACGCACCAGCUCAUCCCACUCAGGACGUAACAAGCAUCCAGCAAGGACUGUCUGUCUUUUGUCUCUUCUCUCUUACAUUUAUUUGGAUCAGGGGAUUUCAAGUGGAGAAAUGGACUUCAUCCUGCCACCCACUCUGCCAGCUGAAGGUAUCCCAUGGGAGAAGGUUAUACCACCUCUCAUUCCCCGGCUGAGUGGGACUUAUGGACAAUGUAACUGGUCCCCAAAGUUACUGAUCCCAGAGAGUGAUCAUUUAAGUACAGCAGAGGUAAAUUGUGACGACACUGGAUUUACAGUUCAAGUUGAUGUAAAGCACUUCAACCCAGAGGAUUUAAUUGUUAAAGUGAUUGGGGACUUUGUAGAAGUACAAGGAAAGCAUGAAGAAAGAAAGAAGGAUGGUCCAGGAGUUACCACGAGGCAGUUUAACCGCCGCUACCGAAUCCCAAAAGGAGUGGACACCAUGGCUUUACAGUCAGUGGUCUCUCCAAAUGGAAUCCUUAUCAUAUCUGCACCAAUGCUGCAAAGUCAGAACUCCAGAUCCCUAACCUAAUCGCGUACCGUCAAAUCAUCACUCUACCAAUCUUCACCUUAUAUGACAAUGAAUGUAACAGAAAUAACUGCAAGCUCCUCCAGUCACAUCAACACUCGGCAUGUGCCAAAACAAGUCAUUUGUUGUGUUCCUGGCACAUCCUAAUAUUCCCUGUUCUCAGACAUUUGUAUACUGUAUACGGCUCUGCUUUUACUCAUCAAUCUUACAAAAAUGUUUAAAGGAACCAGACAUUUGUAAAUAUUCUGUGUUCACAUAUCAACCUGCUGCUUCUUUUUUUUGCCACUUUUGUAAAAUG